GCCCGCUGGGGUUGCACAGUCAUGAUCACCGCAGGGGCCGCGUCGGGUUGCCCGGUCGCCGUGGCGCGCGACCCUGCAGAUGCUACUGAAGCCCUGGACCUUCAGGAGCUAGGGUGGCCCUGGAAAGAUGCCCCGGUGCGGACGCUGGUGCGGCGCAUCGAGCAGCUGCAGGCUGAGCGCGCGCGGGCCUUCGGCCAGCUGGAGGCAGCCCACCGCCAGUACCUGCAGAGCGGCCCGCAUCACGACUUUGCGCGCUACCGGAGCGCCGUACACGAGGUGACCCAGGCCUUCGCCGCCGCCUCCCGCGAGGUGCUGGCGCUGGAAGCCGAACUGGCCGGGCCGCGCGUGCAGCCGCUGCUCGCUAGCCACAUCCGCAGCCUGCAGCAACUGGAGCAGACGCGCCUGGCCACGGUGGCCAUGCUGCAGCUGAUGGCGAUCCCAGAGCUGGCCAAGCAGGACCCCGACACACGGACACACCAGCUGAAGCUGAAGGUAAUUAAAACCAUGGAGGCGAUCGGCGAGGUUCUCCAGGACCUUAGGUUUGAUGCGGAAUCUGCAGAGUGAUGGUGGCUCCCCGGGGACGCCCCGAGAGAGCUGGGAAAUGAGGCCGGUGGCGUCCAGCCCAGCCCCGACCGCCAGCUGGCCGAGGUCGUGGCCCCUGGGGCCGGGAGCCCUCUGCUGCGGCACCGCCCACAAUAAAGCAGCCUGUGUCUGUA